AUGAACAACCAAAUCGAAACUUUUAUAAAUUAUUUACUGGAUACGGAAACAACAUCCGAGAUAGCGUUUAUUGAAAAUAUUCAUAAAAAAAAUGAAUUAUUUCAAUUACAAUAUCUUAAGGAUUGGGAACACAUGGUUUUACGUAAAUUACAACAAGUGCAUCGGAAUGGUAUUACAUCUACAUUAAAAACUAUAGAUAGUAGUCAAAAAGCAGAAAGUGAAACUUCAGAAGAAGUUUCAACAAUAUCAUCAUCAUCAGAAGAAGAAGAAGAAGAAGAAGAAGGAGAAGAAGAAGAAGAUGAAGAUGAAGAUGAAGACAAUAACAAUAAAAAGUUAAUUCAACAUAAACAUACUCAUCAUUCAAGUAAAACAACAGAUAUUUAUGUUGACAUAGUUCAUCAAUGUCAACGACUUCUUCGGAUUUUAUACCAUUGUCAACAAAAUUAUAAUCAUUUUAACGAACUUUAUUUUUUUGCUAUUGAACAAUGUCUCAAGAGUGAUAAUGAUAAAAUUGUUACUGUUGUUUUAAAACAAAUUGCUUCACAUGUAUUUGAAGGUAUAAAUAACGAUAAUGAAUCUCAACGUCUCAUAAAAGAUCUUUCAUUGAAUACAUCAUCAUCUACUAUAUCUUCAUUACAUCAACCUAUGUUAACUAUAAUUCAAACACUUUUAUCAACAAAUAAAAUGGAAACAUAUACAUCAAAUUUCUUAGCAAAUCAUAUCGAUAUUCUUUAUCCAUGUGCAGCUCGUUUUCUUGAUGCACGUGGAGAAUUUCGUGAUAGUACACAUUAUUUAAUUGAUGGUGAUUCAUUAGUUUUGUCUAUAGUCCAUCAUAUAAAUAUUAAUCUUAAUUUAAAUUAUGGAAAUACUCUUCACAUGAUUUUUAUUAUUGAACGUAUUCUUUUUACACUCUUUUGUCAAUCAAAUCAAUGCAAUUUUACACUUGUCUUUUUUGAUUGUCAUUAUCAUUUGUAUCAACAAGAAAAUUCAAUUCUUAGUCUUCUUCGUUCAUGUUUAAUUAGUCAUCUUUCAAAAAAUACAGAUCAAUAUAGAACAAUAAAAAUACAACAAUUUUCAUCUUGGCUUAAUGAUGAAUAUUUAAAAUUUGUUCAAGAAGAAAAACCAAUGUUUUUAUUUUAUCAUGAUAUGUCAACAUUUAAUGAAGAAAAUGAUAAACUUUUAUCAAAAGAUAUAUUAGAAAAAUUAUUUUUUAUAUAUCGUUUAUUCGGUAAUUAUCAUCAAUAUGUAAUACAAUGUCAACUUUAUCUAAUGAAUAAAUUAACAUUAACUGAAACAACAGUUAAAUGUUUUCAAAUUCAAUUUGAUAGAAUGUAUCCAAAAAAAUUACUUAAUGAACAAGUUAAAACAGUAUCAUCGAAUUUACAUAUAAUGAAUGAUAUUCAAGAACGAGAUUGGAAUAAAUUUGAAAAGUUAUGUCAAGAUAUUGGUGAAAAUGAUAUUCGACUUUUUCUUUAUCUUAAAACAAUCGUUGAUUUGAUCGAAGAAAAAAUCCAUGAACGUUUUCUACAACUUUUUAGUCCAUUACUUAUUCUUCAUGUAGCACUUCUUAUUCGUCUAUCAUUAAUUGAUCGACAUCUUCCAUCAUCAAUUCCUUCAAUUACAUACAGUUCGACAUUUUCUCAAUAUAUGGAACAAUUUCAACAACGUCUUUCCUCAAAUCUUUCAUUAAAUUUCUCAUCUUUGUCUUAUUCAAAAAUUGCUGAUCUAUUUGAUGGACGUCUUUUUAAUUUUACUGUUCAUCAAAUUUAUCAAUCAUCAAAGAUUUCUCUUGAUUCAAAGACAUAUACAAUUGUUAAACAAAGUCUCGACGCAUUGAAUAUACCAUCAAAUGAAAAUAUAUUUCAAGAUAUUGUGAAAGAAUUAAUUCAAUCAAAUGAUAUUAUUUUCUCAUCUUCACUAUCAGAAAAACAACUCACAACAAUUGAACAACAAAAUCGACAGAAAAUUAUUCGAAUAUCAAAUCCUUUUGUUGAUGCAUAUCUUAAACCAAUUUUUUCUUCAAAUGAUACAUUGACAUUUGAUUUAAUUAAUCCAAAUGAUAAUCAAGUGAUUCAGUACAAAGGUAAACAUUAUUGGCGAACAUACAAAGAAGUAGGUGAUGAAAUCAAUCGUAUAUGUGAGAAAAAUAUUAAACAAAACAAUAAACAAGAUUAUCGUUAUCGAACAAGAAAUCAACAGAAAUUAUAUGAUUAUUUUACUUUAUAUGGUAAAUCAUUAACUACUCGUGAUGUUAGAGAUAGUCAAUCACAAAUUGUUCUUCCAACUGCGUCAACUCCUGAUCUACCAAAUAAAGAGAAUUUUAUUCAUCAAACAGAUUCUGUUGCUACAUCUGGUAAUAAAAAGAAACAACAACAUAAAAGUCAACCAAAAAAAAAUUCACAAACAAAAGCUGAAAUGAUUAUUGAAAAAAAUAAACAACGAAUAUUAGAUAAACGUAUUAAUGAUGAAACUGAAAAAAUCAUUCAUGUUGAAGCUCGAUUAAAACAAAUUUUAGCUGAUAAUUAUUCAGAUGCUAUUGAUCUUAUUGAUGAAAGUUUACCGAAUUUUGAAACAUCAAUUGUACGUCUUGAAUUACUCAAAAAAAAAUUAGAUUUACAACGAAAAUAUUUACGAACAUUAAAAAAGAAGAAGGAUUUAACUAUAGAAGAAAAAUCACAAUUAGAACUUCUUCAAAUAGGAUUGUUUGCUACAUUAUGUGAAAUAACACAUCUUGAAAAUCUUGUUGAUGCAUUUAAUGAAAAGCAAAAAUUUAUGGAAGAACUUAUUGAUGAUUCACCAUUAGAUGCAGAAAAAUGGUAUCGAUUUCAACUGGAAAAAAUUAAUAGUCGAUUACCAAGACGUGAACAAGGCAUACGUGAUGAACGAAUACCAGAUUUUAUUCCAGAUCCAUGGCAAGUACAAUUUCUUGAUGCUGUUGAUAAACAACAAUCAAUCAUUAUUGUUGCAUCAACUGCUUCAGGUAAAACUUAUGCAUCAUAUUAUGCUAUGGGUAAAGUACUUAAAGAUAAAGAUGAUCAGAAUGGUAUAUGUGUAUAUGUAGCACCAACAAAAGCAUUGAUCAAUCAAGUAGCAGGUACAAUUCAUUCAAAAUUUGGUCCUGUAUUUGGAACCUUUACACUAGGCUAUGAAAUGAAUAUGGAAAAAUGUCGAAUUUUAGUUACUAUCCCAGAAUGUCUAGAAAUGCUUCUCUUAUCACCAAAUCAUCAAGCUUGGUGUCAACGACUUCGAUAUUGUAUUUUUGAUGAAAUUCAUUGCAUGUCAGCUGAUAUUGGUUCAGAUGUUUGGGAACGAACAAUGUUACUUAUUAAUUGUCCAAUGAUUGGACUUUCAGCUACGGUUAAUAAUGGUGAAAAUUUACAACAUUGGAUUGCAAAUGUAGAAAAACAGCGAUCAAUAUUAUUUAAAACAUCAACACCUCGUCAAGUAUGUUUUAUUUCACAUUUAGAACGCUUAGCAGAUUUGAAUAAAUAUUUGUAUUCAAAUCGACAAUUACAUCCUCUUCAUCCAAUUGGUCUUAUGAAUUCUAAACAGCUAACAUCACGAGGUUUACCAAAAGAUUUAUCAUUAUCACCAUGUGAAACUCUUCGAUUGAACGAAACAAUGGAAAAAAAUAAUGUCAAAAAUAAACAAAUUCCAACACUAACUGAAUAUUUUUCACCUGGUUGGAUAGUUGAACGAAGUACGUGUAAUACAUAUUCACGUCUUGUUUGUAAUCAAUUUAAUGACUUAAUUCAUAAUAAUGAAAAUUCUGUUAUUGAUGCAAUAUCUUCAUCAUUAAAUCCUACAACGUCAAAUAAAAUUAAUUAUCCUGAAAUAAAACCAAUGUCAUCAUUAAUUGGUGAAUUUGUAUUAACAUUAAAAGAAAAAAAUCUUCUUCCAUGUAUUGUUUUUACGGAUAGUCGUCCAUUAUGUGAAGAAUUAGCUGAAAGUGUAGCACAAUAUUUUCAAGAACUUGAAAAUGAAUUACGUCGAACAAAAUAUAAAUAUCAAAUAGAAGCGUUAGAAAAACGUUUAGUACAAAUAGAAAAAGCUCAAAAAACAGCUAAAGCAAAAAAAGUUGUUAAAUCUUCAAAUAAACGAGAUGACGACGAAGAAAAAGGAAAUGAUAAACCAGCUGAAUUACAGCAAAUGGCAGAAGAAGAUCAAAGUCAAUUACGUUUAUCUGGUUAUGAACAAGAUCUAUUAAAUGGUAUUUUAGAAGAAGGUACAUUAGCAAAUCGACGUACAUGUGAUCGAGAAUUAGUCGAUCGAUUAAUUGAAAGAGCUGCAUCAGUCAAUCCAAGAUUAGUUCGUUAUAUAAAACGUGGUGUCGCUUAUCAUCAUUCACAAUUAAAUAAUAAAUGCCGAUUAGCUGUUGAAGGUCUCUUCCGUAAUCGAUAUUGUCAAAUUAUUUUUUCAACAUGGACACUUGCUUUGGGUAUUCAUAUGCCAACAAAAACAGUUGCUUUUGUUAAAGAUUCAAUACAACUUGAUGCUUUACAAUAUCGACAAUCAUCAGGUCGAGCUGGUCGUCGUGGUUUUGAUGUUCAAGGAAAUAUUGUUUUUAUCGAUAUUCCAAUGUCAAAAAUUCGUCAUUUAACUAUUGCAGCUAUUCCUAAUAUUCAAACACAUAUUACAACAAGUGUUACUUUUCUUAUGCGUCUUCUUUAUUUAUAUUCAAAUGCUGAAGAUAAAAAAGAUGCUAUCAAUCGAUCACUUAUUUCUCUUCAAUGUCCAUUUAAUGCACAAACAUCAAUGACACAUCGUUUAAUCGAUAUUCAAACUCGAUAUCAUUGUUUACAUACAUUAGAUUUUCUCUAUCGAUUAAAUUUAAUUAAUGGUCAAGGUGAUUUAAUUGGUCUAGCUGGAUUUCUAACAAAUUUACAUAAUUUUGAACCAGCAAAUAUUUUAUUUGGUUAUUUAAUGGAUACGAAAUUAUUUCAUGAAUUGAACGAUGAUGAACAAAUUAUUAAUUUAUUAGCAUAUCUUUUUACGAAUAGGCCAUGGUUAAUGGUACGUCAACCAGCAAAUAAUUCUUUACCUACAAGAGAAAAACUAAUGUUCAGUUCAAAAUUUUCUCUUCGAUCAAUAUCACCUGAAAUUCGGCAACGUAUUCAAUCAUAUAAUUCAUUAGUCAAAGAAAUCUAUGGAUUUUAUAUAGAAAAUGUUCUAAGAAAAAUGCGUUCAUUUAAUGAUAAUCAAGAAUAUAUAUUACCUUUUUCAAACAUUUCAUUUAAUCAAUCAUCAGACUAUGAUAAUGGAACAUUUGAAUAUGAUCUUCAUCAUCAUUAUUCUCAACAAUCAAAAAAUCCAUCAAUAUCACCAUUUGCUGGUCCAUCUGGUCUUACACAUGAACAAUUCAUGUCUAAUUAUAACCCAACUAUAGGUUCAUGGGAUCUUGCUUAUAAUAUUGAUUUAUCAACACGUAUUGUACCAUUUGUUGAUAUUGAUACUCGUGAUCAUACAAAUUCAGCUUAUUAUUUAAAUAGUUAUGCAUUAGACUUCUGUAGACAUGGUUCAGAAAAAUUAUUAAUGUCCGAAAAUGAAUUGGAUCGUGGUGAAAUAUAUUAUUUGUUAUCAGAAUUUCUUCUUUCAUUAACAUCAAUUAAGACAUCACUUGAAACCAUUCUUGAAAAUGAAAUUAAACAAACAAAUAACAACGAUGUAGGAUUUUUCAAAGUGUUAAGCAAAAAUCUAUCUAAUGUUCAAGAUCAGUUUUCAAGUAAAUUUUAUAAAGAAUACAAGUGA